AUUAUACUCAGGGACACAACGAUCCCAAUCCAUACGGAUAUAAUCCACAAGUGCAACCAUGGGACGAUUUCCCUCAAGAAAACCCAAUUGAGAGGCAGAACCUCGCCCAUCCAGACUGGAUCAUCUCCGAGCUCAGAGAUCAGAUCAGACGGGCGCAGGAAGAGAAAACCUGGCUGAUCCAACUGAGAGCAGCGGACGCCGAACAGAUGCAGACGGCAGAAGCAGCCCGCAGAUUGGAACGUCAGAAACUGCAGGAAAAGAUCAACAACCUGCAGAAACACAACCAACAACUCCGUGCUCAAAACCAAGAUCUGAUCAAAAAACAUCAAAUUCUGAAAGUCCAACACUUCCAAAACGAAAACCAUCAACUGAGGACACAGCUGCAAGCAGCUCCCCAGAAUCUAACCAACACACAGCUGGCAGACAUGGAGGAGCUCAGAAAAACCCAUGAAACUUGUGAAUCCGUCACACAAAAGUUUAAACAGGGAAACAGUAAGCUGACUCUGGAAGUGCAGGAGCUUAGAAAAGAAAACUAUCAGCUAAAGAAGAUGCUCCAAGAAGCUUCCCAACUACAAAACAUCAUUCCUCAAAUGAGCCAUCAGAUCCAGCUCACUGAAAACGAGAGGAUCCGGUUGAGAAACGAGCUGUUUGAGGAGAUCAAAACCUCAGAGAAGCUGAAAGAAAGCCUCUUUUACCUGGAAGAUCAUGUGGAUGAACUGAAGGACAAGAUCAGACAGUUAGAAGAGAAUACAAACCAAUGCUUGAACAUGGAGGAAGAUGAUGUGAUAGUAGAAGAUGAAAGGAUAGAGGAAGAUGAAUGUUUGAAUAUGAACGAUUAUGAUGUGAUAAUAGAAGAUGAAUGGAUAGAAGAAGAUGAAGUGAUGGAGGAAAAUAAAGUGAUGGAGGAAAAUGAAGUGAUGGAGGAAAAUGAAGUGAUGGAGGAAAAUGAAGUGAUGGAGGAAAAUGAAGUGAUG